GUUGAAGGAAAUUCCGCUAGAAGACUAUGACCGCGCAAAUCCAGAUUCACACCGAUUCGGGCAUGGUGCGGGCACGCGUGCCGUGUUUGCGUCGGCUUCCCCCCCGGAUUUCCUGGCCCAGCGUAUUAUGCACCGUAUUUUACCGUACUGUACUAGGAAUCCUAGUACGCUGUAUUAAUACGCGUAUUAUGGAGAGAGGGUCGCGUACUAGGCAACCCUGCUCAGCUGUCGCGUCUCGCUCUCGCUUCACAUCCUCUACACUACUAUUUCCAGGAGCUUUGCGUCACUGUAGUCGGUGAUGACAUUGGACUCAUCAAGGCAGGGCGGUGAGAGGGAGCUGCAACUGGGCUGGCGCGCGGUGGCCAACGCCAGCCGGACCUCGGUGCAGCAGUUCCUUGCUGCACACACGGCCGCAGCCGCAGCCGUGCUAGAGGCGGCCGGGCCCGGCGCAUCACUGCGCUCGUUCUGCGCCCGUGCCAACAAGGGCUUCUCGUGCGACGGCGGUGCCCUGUCGUCCUCGCACACCGACCAUACAUCCCAUUGAGGUACGUACGCAGCCACUGCCGUGUUCCAGUCCAGGGGGUCAACCCGUGCGUGUAAUAUGAUCUUCAUUCUGGCCCCGCUGCUCGCUAUUAUGGUUGCUGCCGCCUGUGCCCACGUUUGCGCCCUGCGAGAUGGUACCCUGCGCGCGUCUCCCAGAAGCCCUGAGCUACGUUUCCUCGAGUAUCAAUACCGGAGAUGUAAUCAUCGGAGCCGUGCUCGAAUGACGCGCACGCAACCCAGCCAGAAACCGUUGUUCCACUUGGUCAGCGAGUCCAGGUUCUUGUGGCCCCCACCCAGUGUGUCCUGGCUCAGACCGUAGCCGUUCAGCAUCAAUCAAAGCAUACGCCUGGUUAGUGUCAGGCCGGAAGUUGGGGAAUGGCACGCCGUUGACGCUGAACUGGUAUUUGGAGAGCGUGUAAGUGACGGGGGUGUUGUUGGUGGUCGUGCCAUACGCAAUCGUGCCCGCGCUUCAAGGCGAGUAAAGUACGGCGAGGUGAGCGAAUUGGGGUCCACGCAAGGGGGGGGUAGUUUCGACUGGGAAAGGCCCCAUGUUCUAAAACGAAAGAGCUUGACGCGAGGACUCCAAAUCCACUUUCAGAGUUUCAAUCAGGGUAGUAAUUGCAAAGUUGUGGGCCCUCAAAGUUCAGGGUCGGUCGUCGGGGUCGGGGGUCCCCAAGGUUUCGUCACGCGGAUGUGGGUGGGACUGCCAGAUUUCGUCUCUGCGCCCUAUACGCCCCUCUAAACGCUCCGCCCAUUAGCACAAGCACUAGCACACAUUAGCAUGCACAUACUAAAGCAUUUACAGAACGUUUGGCCUCUGGAAAGCGGCCGCAUUUCCGUCCACAUCGGCAUCGUAGUAGCGUAGAGCCCCGCCCACUGGAGCGUCUCUCACUGGUGUCAUGGAGACUAUGCGAACUGAUGCUAACUUGUAACGGCCAAGGCUUCGUGUGGGUCAUGGCGACAAGGCUGCCGCCGGCCAUCGAGCGUGACGUGAAUCCCGGGAUUCUUCACUUGAUCCCUGGAGAAAGUCGACCAAUCUCUUCCGGCACACAGUCCCAAACAUCAUAUGUACAGCGCAAUUGUAAGCUUAAGCGCAC